AUGGAGAGAGAAGUGAGACGACCGAACCCAAUCAACAGCUCUCGUCGACCGGAGAUGUUUUCUUCAGGGGCGGGUAGUACUCAGCUGCCGGAAAGCCCGCGAGGUCCGAUGGAGUUCUUGUCUAGAUCCUGGAGCGUUUCUGCCUUGGAAGUCUCCAGAGCUCUCCACACCGCCAAAUCCACCACCAGAAACCCUUCCAUCAACGCUUCGAUACCGGAAGAAACCAACCCUGAGAAGGAAGAAUGUCCGCCGGAGAACAGCCAGUUCUCGUUCGCCGCCUCUGCCACUUCACAGCUUGUUCUUGAGCGCAUUAUGUCCCAGUCGGAGGUGUCGCCGUUAACGUCGGGGAGGUUAUCACACAGCAGCGGGCCACUCAACGGCGGAGGUUCUUUUACGGAGACUGACAGUCCUCCCAUCUCUCCCUCCGAUGACUUGGACGACGUCGUCAAGUAUUUUCGCACACACAACACCAUUCAGCCUCUCUUCUCUGCCACUGGAGGCAGCCGUGGCAGUGGCACCACCGGAAAUGGGAGCAGUACCCCAGUGGCUGGAACCGCCCCAAAGACUGUUGGUAGGUGGCUCAAGGACCGUAAAGAAAAGAAGAAAGAAGACAGUCGAGCUCACAAUGCACAGGUCCACGCAGCUGUCUCUGUUGCCGCUGUUGCAUCCGCUGUGGCAGCCGUAGCUGCAGCGACAGCAGCCUCUUCUUCACCAGGUAAAAACGAGCAGAUAGCCAGAAUUGAUAUGGCCAUGGCUUCUGCGGCUGCACUCGUGGCUGCACAGUGCGUGGAGUCUGCAGAGAACAUGGGAGCAGAGAGGGAUCAUCUGACAUCCGUCGUGAGCUCUGCGGUGAACGUCAAGUCUCAUGACGACAUUGUCACGCUUACUGCAGCUGCCGCAACAGCUCUGCGAGGAGCAGCUACACUGAAGGCGAGAGCGCUGAAAGAAGUAUGGAACAUAGCAGCUGUGCUACCACCAGCCGAGAAAGGAGCAAGUUCAGCCUUGUGUGGCCAGGUUGAAACAAAGCACAGCGAUAGUAGCUUUAGCGGAGAAUUACCUAUAGCUGGGGAAGACUUCCUCGGCGUUUGUAACCAGGAACUACUCGCUAAAGGCACCGAGCUCCUCAAACGAACUCGUGGAGGUGAUCUCCACUGGAAGAUUGUGUCUGUCUACAUGAACAAAGCAGGCCAAGUUGUGCUGAAAAUGAAGAGUAAACACGUAGGAGGGACCUUCACAAAGAAGAAGAAACAUAUGGUGCUGGAAGUAAAAAGAGAGAUACCUGCAUGGGCUGGGAGGGACCUCUUCAACGGAGACAAGCAUCACUACUUCGGCCUAAAGACGGAAACAAAGAGGGUCGUUGAAUUUGAGUGCAGAAACCAAAGGGAAUACGAGAUAUGGACUCAGGGGGUUUCCCGCCUUCUUGCCAUCGCUGCGGAGAAGAAGCAUAAAAGCUCCAUGUCCAAGUGGAUGGCACCUUAA